GGUCGAUAGAGUGAGACUGGAGCUAGGUUGGUCGAGUGGUUCGUACGCGCAUCAUAACGGAACCUUGGUUUGAACCACCAUCGCGAAUCCAGGGACUCGCCAUCAUCUCUUUUUUUUCUUUUCACGUCUUCGCUUUUUAUCCCAUGUCUUAGCAUACCCCAACGCAAGGGAACCAGGACCUUUUUGCAGAUCAGGGUCACUCCUCCCGCUUUUUCAAGCCGCCGCGGAUCAAUCGACGGCGCCAUCCCCCCCUUGUGGCUUUCACUUCUUCUAAUUCCACUUCCAGCCAAGGCACGCAGAUACGUAGCGUAGCUGGCCGACGAACGGAUCGCAUUCGAUACACUACCGCGACGUAACGACCCUCGACUGCCCGACUGCCUUUCACUUCUUGCUUUGCUUUUCUAGCCUCGGACUACGCACCCGACUACCUGCCUACCACCACACCGCAAACAAACCCAAGGGGGAGACGAGGGUCCACGCGGUCCCUCACCAGCUCAGCACCACUUGUCGACGCUGUGCGCUCUGACGAUCGUCGUCCGGCUGGAAUCUCCCACGUCAAUUGCUCCUCCCCUCGAUUGCUUAGCCGCCGACCGACCCACGCCAGCCUCGCUUCUUAUCGUCGCGAAAAGCUUCGCAGGUUUUAAGCUGUCGCUUCGACCACCCAAUUAUAUCGCACAGCUAUGGGCACCAACGGCGUUCAUGUCUCGUUUGGCGCGGGCCAUGAGAUAGGCGGGGUAAUGGGCAAUGGCUCUGGUCAGCCGCCCGCGACCGAGUAUACACUCCAAGGUGUCAUGCGCUUCCUCCAGACAGAGUGGCACCGUCAUGAGCGCGACCGCAAUGCCUGGGAGAUCGAAAAGCAGGAGAUGCGCGCGAGGAUAGCGAACCUCGAGGGUCAGGCCAGGAGAGCAGACGCGACACAAAAGGCACUCAAGAGAUAUGUCUCGAUACUCGAAAAGAAGGUCAAGGAGCAGAGCGCUGCCCUAAAGUCUACUGGUAAAGAGAAGGGAGCUGAGGGUGGCGCUGACGCAGAGGCCAACAAAACCAAGCUUGACCGGUCCGCCCUCAUACAGGAAAAGUUGCGCCCAAACACAAAGCUCUCUGGAGCCCCCAACGAGGCCGAGAACCUCGAUAUCGGUCCUCUAGACGACGAAUCCGCGCGCAACGAACUCAAAACAUUCCUCGAUCAGUGUCAGGCCGAGUUUACUUAUCUGAUGGUGACGCCAGCCAACCCGCAACCACCACGAGAAUCCCCGCCCCUGCCUAUCCUAGACGACUUUCGCGAGGGUGAAGCCAUGAACCAGCAGCUUGAGCAGUCCUACCAGCGUUCUCAACAAAGCCAGAUUCGGGACCUGCUUGCCCAGCAGGCAGCUGCUGCUAAUGCUACUACGACUGCUGCCGCUCUGCAGAAUCAGCAGCAGCAGCAGCAGCAGCAGCAACAACAACAGCAACAGCAACAGCAACAGCAGCAGCAACAGCAACAGCAACAGCAUGUAGCUGGACCGCGGCCGCAGACUAACCAGCCACCGAAGGGAUAUGGCGAACUGCAAGGAGCGCCUAUGGAGCGUUCGUCCAGAGGACAGCAGCUACACGAUAUCCUGAAGAGUGGUGAAACCCCCGACUGGUCAGCUUCGAUGCAAUCUCAGCCAGCCGAAGAGCCAACUUCUGCGCUCAGCAAGGCACCUCCGAUGGUUAGGGGAGAUGGACGUGAGCCGGCUGCCCCAAAAUCCGCCUCGACCACGGAUGCAUGGGACUUUAACGAAUCCAACUUCCAGGAUCCUACCGCGAUGACACAGCCGACCCCGCAACAGUCUUUUUCCAGCAGGCCUGACACGGAUGCCUUCCCCAGCGCCGAGAACCUAACCAAGUCUCCUAAUCGUGGAGCGCUCUCCCACCGAAGAAAGAGCUCGAGCGGCAUGGCGCGUAGACGGAGCGCCGAGCACGAGCUUUCGCUUGGGUCCCUGAACCAGAAGGCAGAGGGUGCAAUGUUCAAAUUCCGCUUUGGCUUGCGCGGUCAUCUGGAUGUGGUACGGACUGUUAUCUUCUCGGGUGGCGGAAGCCCUGGCGAGCCUGAGAUCUGCACGGCGGGAGACGACGGCUUGGUCAAGAGAUUCCAUAUUCCUGACAGGCACAUUGGCCAACGAAAUGCUGAUGGAGAUCUCGAUGUUGCGGCGGACUUUACACAUCGCGGCCAUAGCGGGGCCGUGUUGUCUCUCGCGUCUUGGUCGCCAUCCCCCAACUUCUCUACCGGCGGUCGUGCUCAGGGUGAUGGUUGGAUUUUCUCGGGUGGUCAAGAUGCCACGAUUCGCGUGUGGGAAAGAGGAAGGGUUGAUCCCAAGGCCACCCUAGAUGGCCAUACCGACGCUGUCUGGGCGCUUUGCGUUUUGCCCACGAACCUGGGUGCCAUUUUCGGUCAGACCAAUAGCCAUGGUCCACCCGAUAGGAUUCUGCUGGUGUCCGGAGCGGCGGACGGGACUGUCAAGGUGUGGGCUGUCAGCGCACCUCCUCAACUCACAUCGCCCCAGCCGGGACCAGCUCGUCGUGGGCCAGGCGGACGUGUUAGAGGCAACUCCAUGAGCUCUGGCUCCGCAUUCCCCAGCUCGCCACAGCCGACCACGGCAUCCAACUCUCCCUUCCAUCAUACGCUUGUGCAUACCAUUAAGAGGGCCAACUCGGAAGCUAGCCCGACGUGUAUUACUGCCCUCAGUCCCAAUGGUGAGACCUUUGCUGUCAGCUACGCGGAUGCCGCCAUCAUUGUCUACGACACACGCAGCGGAGAGGAGAUUGGAACGAUGGCGAGCUUGGAUACAUAUGACGGCACCAUCAACACCGCCGUGAACGCUGUUGUAGCAACAACCGUUGGAUUGGACCAAACACAAGGCCCCGGUGGUGAAGAUGAAACUGGUGGUGGGCCUACCGGGGGUGGCCGGUCCAUGGCGGGCUCUGGCGUGGAGGGUACCAUCAUUUCUGGCCAUGAAGAUCGCUACAUUAGGUUCUUUGAUGCCAAUAGCGGUCAAUGCACAUACAACAUGCUAGCCCAUCCAGGAUCCGUCUCUAGCCUUUCUCUCAGCCCCGACGGCCGCGAGCUCGUCAGCGCCGGACACGACAUGUCGCUGCGCUUCUGGUCUCUCGAGACAAGGUCAUGCACGCAAGAAAUGACUUGCCAUAGGAGCAUGCGCGGCGAAGGUGUCUGCGCCGUUGUAUGGAGUCAGGACGGAAAAUGGGUGGUUAGCAGUGGUGGAGACGGCAUGGUCAAAGUGUACGCGAGGUAGUAGUAGUAGUAGUAGUAGUUGCCGUCUGUGUCACGAUCCGAGAGAAGAUGAGGAUGUAUGACUUGGGCCUCUUCCUUUUCGGCCCAUUGUGUAUAAUGAAUUCCUAUUUUGGGGGGAGUGGGAGAUGGGAGUAGGGGGGGUAUUGUUUAUUAGCUGCUUACUUUUAUCACUGCAUCCUCUUCUUUUUUGGGGGGAGGGGGUUCUUCCUCCUUGCCCUGUUAGUAUGUAUCACACAUACGCUCAUUGCGUUUUCCCGGCCGGAGCCGCGCCGCCGUUUCCUUUGUCGUCUUUUUUUUUUUCCUUUUUUUUUGUUCCUCCAUCAUUGCUAGCUAUACCACGUCACAUUAAACAUGGAUGAGCAUCAAGCGGAUAUUGUUUCCAAUUUGCUUUUUUUUUUUUUUUU